GGAGUCUCCUCAAACAUGGAGAAAUGCAUGUCAGCUCAUGCUUUUAUCACCAACUCCCACGUGCGUGAUCACGGGCUUCAUCGGCUAUGGUCACCCGUGCUAAAAUUGUACCACUUUGACGCCCUUCUUCCAGGAUCUAAAGCGCGAGCUGCCGCCACCACCACCACCGCCACCUCCUCCGUUCCACUCGCCAUGGCGUCAUCGUCCUCAUCCCUCGGAGCCGUCUCCUCCUUCAACCUCCAAACCUCAUCCAAAACUCCGCAGGCUUUGGCAUCCUCGUUGAUCCCACUGAGCCCAAAUCCCUUCCGUCCUAAAACUAAACUCCCCAAACUGGCUGCAUCACCCUGCAGACGACAAUUUUGUUUUCCAAGAAGAAGCAUCGAUGCUUCCCUCUUCCCCGCCAAGAAGCCCACGACCGAUUCUAGGCCAACUAAGGUGCAGGAGCUGAGCGUGUACGAGAUCAACGAGCGGGACCGCGGCAGCCCCGUCUACCUCCGCCUGAGCCAGAAGGAGGUCAAUUGCCUCGGCGAUCUCGUCCCCUUUAGCAACAAGUUGUACUCCGGGAACCUGGAGAAGCGGUUGGGAAUCACGGCGGGGAUCUGCGUGCUGAUCCAGCACGUGCCGGAGCGGGGUGGCGACCGCUACGAGGCCAUCUACAGCUUCUACUUCGGCGACUACGGCCACAUCUCGGUGCAGGGGAUGUACCUGACCUACGAGGAGUCCUACCUGGCCGUGACCGGCGGCUCCGGCGUGUUCGAAGGCGCCUACGGCCAGGUCAAGCUGCAGCAAAUCGUCUUCCCCUUCAAGCUCUUCCACACCUUCUACCUCAAGGGGAUCCCCGACCUGCCCAAGGAGCUGCUCGGCACGCCAGUGCCGCCCUCACCCGUCGUCGAGCCCACGCCAGCCGCCAAGGCUGCCGAGCCCCACGCCGCCGUCAAGAACUACACCAAGUGAUCGGGAUCGGGUCAAUGCCUGUCGGCGGGUAGCAAAUAAUGGAGUCGAAUCCUUUUACUUCGGGGUGACGUGAGUGCGUUGGAACGCGCGUCGUAAGUCGUAACCCGGCCUUUGAUUGGGUAUUGGAAUUACCUGCUUCGGUUGUGGCUGGGUCGUAGUGGAGAUCUCCGUGUGAGCUGUUCCAACUCUAUGACGUGUUUUUGUUUUCUGUUUUAUUUUGUUUUGUUUACUUGAUGAACAUGCAAUCAUUUCAAAGAAAAUGAGUUUGUUAUUAUGAUUAAAUAUUAAA